AUGGACAAUAGACGAAAUUCAUGGAAAAGAGAUGAACAAGUUAAGUUUUGUGUCAGGCCAACAAAGGUUCACAAAAUUAGGAUUAGAUUACAUCACAAGGGUGACCUUGUUCACUCACCUGUUAAAUGGUAUGUGGGUGGGAUUGUAACCAAAAUAAGCUGGAAGAUUGAUGUUGGCUAUAUAUCGUAUAUAGAUUUGGAGGCUCUGAUUCAAAGUGAGGGGUAUUUUAACAUGAAAAGUAUUUGGUACUGGAACCCUAGGUUUAGAUUUAGUAGAGGACUUAGACCCUUAAACAAUGAUGCUGAUGUGUUGAAACUCAUUGAAGAUAUUUGUGAAUUUGACUUGGUUGAUCUGUAUGUGGAGCAUGGAGUAAAUAAUCCUGAUGUAACAGAUGAGGCUGAGACAAUUAAUGGGUUUGAUGUUGAUGAUAAUGUUGUUGAAGUUAACAUUGAGAAGGAUAACAAAGUUGAUGUUGAGAAUGAUAAGGAGGUUGAUGAUGAAGGUAAUAGUGAGAAGGAGGAUACUGUUGAAGCUGAGAAUGAUAAGGAGGUUGAUGUUGAAGGUGACAAUGACCAUUUUGUUGAAGCUAAGAAUGAUAAGGUUGAUGUCGAAGUUAACAUUGAUAAGGAAGGUACUACAUAUGCUGACUAUGUUGUAAGUGAAGGUUCCUCUGAAAGUGAGAUUGAUAUUACUGAAUACUCCAUUGAUCUGGAUUGGACAUCAGUGUUAAAUGCCGAGACUGCAACAACCCAGAAACAAUGUGAGAAUUCUCAAGCUGAGUUUAAACAAAAUGGUGAGGAUUCUGAUCAAUUGCAAACACCUGCUGAAAGUAUCUGUGUUUUAUUAUUAUCUUAUGUUUUGACUGGAAAUUAUGUUUUACUAUUGUCUUCUAUUUUAUGA